CCAACCAAGAAACAAUUGGAAAUAGCAACAAGAACAUUCGAGGAAAAAAAAGAGGAAAACAACUUUAUAAACAUACUAAUACCAUGCAAAAGACGAAUGAAACCAUCCGAAAUUAGAAAAAAAUUAGCCUUCGUAGGAAUCGACAAUAUUCAAGUACUUGAUACAUACUGUCCAGAUUGGGAUACAGUACUACUAUUAAUACACGAAAAAUAUAAAGACACAGCAGAAAAGAAAUUAGAACAGGCGGGUAUAUUCACAAAGGAAUAUAACUACCUACAUAUUUCACAUUUAAGAGACAACAAACUAGCAGGACUAUCGACAGAAGAAAAAAUAGCAAAACUGGAGCAAAUUAGGAACAACUGUUCAAUGAGAGCAUUAGAAUUUAUUAGAGAGCCGGUAAAAAAAUCAGUAGCAAGAUGCUUUUACCGCCAAAAUAUUAUUACCGAAGACCAACUGAAACAAAUAUUGACAGGAAGAAAUAUGAACGAAGCAAUGGACAUUUUUCAGGAACCAGCAACAAAAGAACAACCAAUCGGAGGUAAUCCAGAAGGAUCUCAAAAAACACCAGCAACACAUUAA